GAGCGAUAUGAUGGAGGAUCAUCCGACAGGCUUCAGGUUCUAUCCAACUGAGGAAGAGCUCAUCUCUUUCUAUUUGCACAACCAGCUCCAGGGCUUGCUACAAGACCGGCUCCGCCGCAUCAUUCCGGUCCUCGACAUUUACGCCACUGAGCCGUGGAACCUCCCAGAGCUUUCCGGAGAGCUGUGCCGAGAAGACAAAGAGCAGUGGUUCUUCUUCGCUCCGAUGCAGGAGAGAGAAGCCAGAGGAGGGAGACCGAGCAGAAGCACGGCGGUGGGUUACUGGAAAGCGACCGGAUCACCCAGUUAUGUCUACUCUUCGGACAACAAAGUGAUUGGGAUGAAGAAGUCCAUGGUCUUCUACGAGGGAAAAGCUCCAACAGGAACAAAAACCAAAUGGAAAUUGAACGAGUACAGAGCCGUAGAAAUAAUCUCACCUCCCAAUUCCAAUUCUGCAAGUUCUAGCAUGCCCAAGAUUAGGUUGAGGCAUGAAUUUGCGCUGUGCCGAGUAUACAUUGUGUCCGGGACCUCUCGAGCAUUUGAUCGUCGGCCACUGGAGUUGGAGGCUGGAGAAACAAUACCAGGUGGACAUGGUGGCAGCACUGGCAGCGGAUCGGCAUCCUCAUCAAGGCCAGUGGUAGAAAAUAAUGCUGGAAUUUCAAUCGACGUGGAGACGACAAGUACGAAAAUAGAAGAACCUAUUUGGGAUUGGGAGGAACUCAAUUUGUUUUAG